AUGGGGCGGGCUCUCGGCCGCGGCAUCGAGCCAAUCGAGGUCCCGCAGCGAACAUUGGCAAAAGCUGGCAAAAUGCCACGAAUUGGACCGGUGGAUUUAAAUGGAUUCGUCGUUGUGCGUGUGAGACAUCUUUCGAAUGCACUUGACAGUAUUUUGUCCGCUACAGAGCAUUUAUCUAUUGACUCUGGAGAUGUAAACAACACAACUGAUCCAGAUAAUGAAAGGGAACACGUAACUAUCCAGAGCUCAUGUGUUCUCGCCCAAAACGUAGAUCUUCUAUUGGCAGAUGCUUCUGCUUUGACUUUUUUCAUACAGUUCCUAGAAUACUACGAUAAAUUGAAUCUCAUAAAGUUUUGGAUACACGUUGAGGGCUUCAAAGCGUCGUUAGGACAAGAGAGGGCAGGUUGCUCACAGAGCGCUGAAAAUUCUCUAGCUCUUCUGGACGCUCGCAACAUAUUCAGCAAAUAUAUUGACACGGAUUCUGUAUGCAGCAUAUCUCUUCCGAAAAAGAUAUCAGAGCGGGUAUAUGCUAGACUUUCGGAGCGACCUAUUUCUUCAGAUCUGUUUGAUGAAGCGAAAAGCUUUGUUCAUAGCUUACUUGAGCUACGAUAUUUCAAAGAUUUUGAAAACAGUGUAUACUAUAAGAAAUAUCAGCUGCAAGUUUUUUCUCGCUGGUGUAGUAUCGAUGACAUACUCUACGUCCCAGCUUUGCUGAAUCGGUUUUUGGAGUUUGUCGAGGAUCGUCAUGAUUACGAUUGCCUGCAGUUCUUAAUAGCAUGUGCUGCUUUCGAAACAAAUUACGAUUCACUCUCCGACGAGGAAUCUCUCGAAGAUGCGAUGUCUAUCUAUAACAAGUAG